CCGUGGCCGUGGACGAACGCGCUUGCGCAUCGAGCAAUGAGCACGUGCACCCGUCACGCAUUACGGAUACCCAGAAAUUCGCUUAGUUUGUCCCUAGACUCCGUGCCAAUCGCACGCAUGGAGGCUUGAGAGUUCCCGCGCAAGUGACUAUGAAACGGCAAACAUCUAUAAAUGGCACCGGUCUAGCAGUGUUUUCUACAAAAGGCUUUUUAGAGGGUGGCAGCUCUGAAGAAAUAUUUUCAGAUACGAACACGAUCGCGAAUGUGUCUACUACGAGAUUCGGGCAGUUGAAGGCCCAGGUGGCCUGAUGGCGACAGAAGCGGUGCGAGUGCUGCUCGUCACUGCGGCCCUCUCGGCGGCACUAGCCAAUGUCGAAACGGCGCGCUUCGGCGACCGACUCGCACCGCGCGUGCCCGCUGCAUAUGCGCCACGCAGCGCUCCGUCCGCGCACCACCGCGUUGAAAAUGAAUACGACGAUGGCUAUGACCAGGAAUAUGAGGAACAAAACCUCUCAGUUGACGAAGACGAAGAACAGCCGGAAACGGAGCCGCCUCCGCGACGGCCGGCUCGUACCGAAGCUCACCGUCUAGAAAUGAGUACGGAAUUCUUUGUAAUUCCGAAGCGCACUUCACCACGACCACUAUCGUCGUCUUCUUCAUCAACAGCCUCAUCACCACGACAAUCAAACACGACUGUAGUACCGACCACUACGCAACCAAUAACGAGUGCGUUACGACCAGAAACGUGGGCCGUGCCGAUAAUAGCUCUGGCAUGUAUAAUCAUGGUGGCGAUUGGUGGCUUUGAAGUGUUCAUAGUGUGGGGUGCGAGCCGUAAAGCACCAAGCCAUCGGCACUUGCUUCUCGGACAGACUUUAUUAUUCGGAUUAUUUUCAUGUGCCGCAACCGCCGCAUUGUUUGCGACAACGCCGACUGCUUUUACUUGUGGUGCUGUGCGAUUUGGAACAGGCGUAGCUUACGUGAUCGUUUUCGCGUCUCUCUUAGUAAAAUGUGUAUUUUUACUUAGUUUAAACGGUGGUGUAUAUUUACCUGCAAUGUACCAGGCAUUACUUUUGUUUUUCGCCGUGAUGAUACAAGUGGCUAUCGGUGCGCAGUGGCUCGGCGGUUCUCCACCUAAAGUGAUCGCCGGUGGUGGACGAUGCGACACUCAGCUCUCUGACCUGCUGUUAUCAUUGUGUUAUGCAGCUUUUCUGAUCGCAGUAGUAUGCGGAGUGGCGUUGCGAUCGCGUGGCAUCCGGGAUAACUACCGUGAGGCAACACACAUAGCGGGAGCAAGCGGCGCCACGGCUGCGGUGUGGGUGUGCUGGGUAGCAGCGGCGCUGGGCGCACCAGAACGGCACCGCGAUGUGUGCGUGGCGGCGGGUCUGCUUGCCACCUGCGCAGUAGUGUUCGCCCUCAUGUUCGCGCCCAAAGGCCGUCGCCUGGCGGCACUAGGCCGCGAGGGCCGCUGGGACGCGGACCGCGACGAAGGCCUCAGCUCUCUGGGUGCCGGUGGCUCUGGUUAUUCGCCCUCAUUCUUCCACUUCAAACCGGUCAAAUACGGCAUGGUGUCUGCCAACGCGGCCGCUCCGGCUCCACCGCCCGUGCUCGAUCGUAAAGAGCCGCCCGCUCAGCCAGCCGAUGCGUAUGGCGCCAUGUUCGGGAACUCGCUGCACCUACACUCACGCGUUAUGUACUCUCCGCCGCACUACCCAAUGCACCCCCUUAUGCACUACCAAUACAACUACCCGCCUUAUCCUUACUUGCUACCACCAGGCGUGAUGUUGCGCCCGGAGGAGGGUAACGUGUACACGAGCGUGGAGCCCACCUUCAGCAGCAACCCAAACGUGUUCUUCCAACGCACGGAGCCGAUGCACGUCGGCAUGAUGUACUGAGCCCUGACAAACCAAGGUUCCAAUGCGAACACUGGAAUUUGGCAGUGCGAGCAUUAGAAUAAUACAGCCCCGCCAUUAGUAAAAGUAUACCUGGUAUAAAAAUACCAUCUGUGUUAAGUGUUUUGAUCGCACUGUCGUGAGUAUUAUGAAAAUGACAUUAUUUACAUAAUUCUGGGGCUUUGUGGUGAAUAAAACAUUACGGUGUGUGACAACAACGAAUUGACAAUGAUUAUGGUGGAUGAUGCGGAAUGCGGACACACGAAAUUAAAAUAUUUUUGCUGCCGUAUAAAAUACAAACAUAUUUGGAAAUUACUAUACCUGCUUUGUUUUAUGAAGUACGGGUGCGAUUAACAAAGUAUUUUUGUAGAUAAAGAAGCGUCAUAAUGCCUAGCGUUAUAAAGCCUCAUUUAGGUGGAACAAUUUUCUUGCCUUUUACGAGAGAAUAGUACGGAAUUAUUGCUAGUAUGCGAGUGUUCAGUACUCGCAUGCGAUUAAGACAUACAAGAAUCACUGAAGCCUGUCGCCCAAUGCGACUUUACACGAUAAAACUUAUUUUCAACGGUGCGAGUAUCUUAGGUACAUUAUUUUUAAUAUCAGGUGUGUUAUUAUGAUGAUGGUUGAUGAAUGAUGUGGGCUUGUAAUAGAUAAGACAUGUCAUUAUUUCAUAAUGCUAAAACUUAUUUAUUGAUUUUUAUCACAGUUUGCGGUGGAAAACUAACUUUAUUUUUUAUACUUUCCUAACUGAUUCACUUAACAAUACCCCUUUUCUAUGUACUGUUUUUAACGUGAAAAACAUUUUUUCGUAAUUGUUUUAUCUUAUAAUUACUUCAUUUAUUAGAAAUUAGUAAAACAUUUGUAUGUCAUUAUUUAACAAAACCACUACUAAAAUUGCAAAUGGUAGGAAGCGCAGCUUUCGUGCAUAGAGCCAAUAGGAUUAUUGCUUAGGCGACGUGACUUUCACCCGUCACGCGAAGGCAAAUUGCCUCGCCAUUGCACAUGUUUAGGACAACACCAGAGGCGGCCUUUGGGAGAGGCGAACCCGGCAACCGCCCGGGGCCUCGCGCGAUGCCUUGGAAGACUUUUGUUUACGAUCUUACCGACAAAACUAUUAAAAGAGAUGCAAUUUUGUUUCUCCGCCCGGGAUCUCGCAUCACUUAGAGUUGUAACUGGGUCAACAUUUUAUGUUCUUUCAUGAAUCCCACGUAUGAUGCGAGAAAAUUGCACCGCCUUAAUGAGACUGCAGGAACACCGCAUUAGGCUCAGCAAAGGCUGCACCUGCAUGCAUGUAAACCAAAAAGUACUUCAUACUAAAGAAGUUAAUUAUUUAAAUUGAAGCACUCAAUAUUUUCGUAUUAUUUCUAGUCAUUAUUUUUGUACAUUAUCACUAUAAAAAAUCAUAAUUGGUACACUAUCAUUUUAUACAGCAGCAAUGAAAUAUUGGUUUCAAAAUCAAAUUUAAAGGUGAAAACAAAAGCUGUUUGUGAUUUAACAUACUUAACCCACCCCUGAAUGUUUUGAAAAACAGCUAUUAGGUAUAUAUAACAAUUCGUAAUUUUAAGUACGCAAUAUAUACAAAACAAAUGUAAAUAAAUCAAAAAUAUAUAAAAA